CCUGGGAUGGACUGGUUUUGCAGGUGUACAGUGAGGAAAAUAUGCAUUUGAACUCCCUGUGAUUUUUGUCCCACUUAGAAAUGAUGAAAGGGUCUGAAAUUUUCGUCAUAGGUGCGUGUCCACCGUGAGAGACCUUCUCUAAUCUUAUAAAAAAAUCCAGAAAUCACAGUGUAUGAUUUUUUAACAAUUUAUUUGUAUGAUGUUGUCAAAUAAGUAUUUGAACACCUGUCUGUUUGCUAGAAUUGAGAGCCUGAAAGACCUGUUUGUCGCCUUUUCAAAGUCCACCUCCUACCUCACUGUAUCUUCCCUGGGAUAGACAGGUUUUGCAGCCCACCAAAAUGUGUUGGAUGGUUGCAGGGGCAGCACUCACCUUGUAAAAGCCAUGGUCACUAUUGCAUAUGUAGAUGGUGAGGAAGACUCCCACAAAUGGGCCCCAGUUGCUGAAUGUCAGAGGAAAACUUCUCAUCUGUUGCAUGGGAGUCACAUGUUUGCGCUCCACACCAAUAGCCGUAGACAUGCCGGAAGAGAUAGAGCUGCAGCAAUGUGAAGACAACACAGCGCAAUCAGAGCAUUCAGACCUAAGUUCCCUUUCAUGCAAAGCGGAGACCACCUGGUUCAGAGAGAACAUUUGCAAAAAGAAGUGUGUUUACUUCAGCAAAGGAGCUGGAGAGGAGACUUGCAAGUGUGGCUACUUGAAGGAUGAUCAUGAGCCUGAAGCUAUCAGUGGUCAUCUAUACACAGGAGAGCCGUGGAAAAUAGAAGAGCAUGUGCAAGAGUUCCCCACGGAUGCUUUUGGGGACAUCAGAUUUGGAGGCUCCAGUCAGAAACCGAGCAAGUAUGCUCGGGUGUCAGCAGACACGGAUCCUGAGGUUUUGUUUCAACUCUUGACUGAACAGUGGAAUCUUCCUCCACCCAAACUACUGAUCUCAGUGGCCGGAGGGGCCAAGAAUCUCUCUCUAAGGCCGAGUCUGAAGAACAUGUUUCAUAGGGGGCUCAUGAAAGUCACCCAAACCACAGGUGCAUGGAUCAUUAGCCGUGCCACCCAUGCAGGGGUCAUGAAGCAGGUCAGUCAGGCGGUGAAGAACUACACUUUGGGCAACAAUGAAGUGGUGACCAUUGGCAUGGCAACGUGGGGAAUCAUAGACAACAGAGAAGCCUUGGUGGACACUAAGGGACUUUUCCCAGCACACUACACAAUUGACGCUGACAACAAGGGUCCCCUCUCCUGCCUGGACAACACCCAUACUCACUUCCUGCUGGUGGAUGAUGGAACUCAUGGCAGCUAUGGUGGGACGAUUGAACUGCGCUCCCGUCUGGUGAAGUGCAUCUCAGAGAAACCUCUUGACAACACAGGCAACAGCUCGACUAUUCCUGUGGUGUGUUUGAUUUUCCAUGGAGAACCACAUACUUUAAAUAGCAUCUACAACGCCAUGCUGAAUGACACUCCCUGUGUGAUCCUGGGGGGCUCGGGCAGAAUAGCAGAUGUCAUCGCUCAUGUUGCCCAUAUGCACCUGUCCAAAGUCACCAUGAGCCUCAUCCGUAAGCUGAUGAUCAAGUUCUUCCCCAAAGAGUCGCAAGAUUUUUCGGAACAGCAGAUUAUCGAGUGGACUAAGAAGAUCCAGGACAUCAUGAGAAUGUCUCACCUGCUGACAGUGUUGAGAGUAAGUGAGAAAAAUCAAGGCGAAAUGGAUGCAGCCAUUCUGCACGCUCUGUUUAAAGCAUCAAGAUACAAUGAGCCUCAGGGAGCUGAAGUCUGGAAGCGACAGCUGGAGCUCGCCAUCGCGUGGAACCAAGUCGACAUCGCUAAGAAUGAGAUCUUCACUGAAGAGAACCAGUGGACGUCCUCUGACCUCCACUCAGCCAUGGUGUCAGCCCUGGUGGGGAACAAACCAGAGUUUGUGAAGCUGUUGCUGGAGAACGGUCUGAGUCUGAGGGACUUCCUUGAGAAUGAGGGCACGCUGUCUAAACUGUACUGGCAAAUGCCCAAUUGCUUCUUCCGGACCAAGCUGGCCAAGCGAGUGCCCAGCGCUGCUAAAGAGAUACCCUUGGGUCAAGUGUAUGCAGUGUUGUGCCGCCUGUUGGGCACUCACUCUGAGUUGCUCUAUCCAUCAUCACUUUCCCGAAGUCAGUCAGGAACUCGUCUGUUGGUGGAGGAAGACACUCCGGCACCAUGUGAUCCGGCCAGAGAUCUAUUCCUGUGGGCCGUCGUCCAGUCCAACAAGGAGCUGGCUGAGAUCGCUUGGGAGCAGUGCAGAGACUGCAUAUGCGCCGCUCUGGCUGCCAGUAAGAUCUUGAAGGAAAUGUCAAGAGGAGGAAGUGAUGCCGACGAGGCGGAGGACAUGAGGCUGCUGGCCAGACACUAUGAGCAACAUGCCAUCGGUGUGUUCACUCAGUGUUACAGCUGUGACCAGGAACGUGCAAAGAAGCUACUGGUGCGUGUAUCACCGUUUUGGGGCAAAAUGACGUGUCUGCAUCUCGCUCUGAGAGCUGGUGAUAAAAACUUUGUGGCCCUGUCAGGAGUUCAGGCUCAUCUGACUCAGAUCUGGUGUGGAGAACUGUCUGUGGACAAUCCUGUGUGUGCAGUUUUCAUUUGCAUGAUCUUCUUCCCGCUCAUAUACACCGGCUUCCUGAAGUACCGAUCGGAUGAAAAAAUCCAGAGGGAGUCUCGGAAAGAAAAGGAGCAGCAAAUUAUGACACAAAUGACAGGAAGUACAGAUACAAGAAAGUCACAUGAUCUCAAGCCUGCUGAAACACCACCAUUGGGUUGCUGGUCCAGACUGGUGGGCUUGUACGAUUCCCCUCAGGUCAAGUUCUACUGGAGCGUCGUGUCUCACUUGGCCUUCCUCGUCCUGUUCUCUGUGGUGCUGAUGAUGGACUUCCAGGUCACACCCUCUCCAGCAGAGUUGGUGUUGUACGUCUGGACAGUGUCCCUGCUGUGUGAGGAGGUCAGGGAGCUCUUUUCCGACCCAGAUGGAUUUGGAUUUUACACGGUAGUCAAAAUGUACAUCAAUGAUGCUUGGAACAUUCUAGAUAUUUUGUCCAUUGCCCUUUUCUUCCUCGGCCUCGGACUCCGGUACGUUUCCCUCCCACCUAAUUCACAAGUGGCCUUUACCCUUGAUAUUAAGUGUUGUCUUGGCUAUUCCAGUCUGACCACAGUGCUCUUCUACACCGGCAAGAUCAUCCUCUGUAUCGACUUUGUGGUCUUCUGCCUCCGUCUCAUGGCCAUCUUUAUUGUCAGCAAAACCCUUGGACCAAAGAUCAUCAUUGUCAAGAAAAUGAUGAGGGACGUGUUCUUCUUCAUGUUCCUGCUGAGUAUCUGGGUGGUGGCCUAUGGUGUCGCCAAGCAAGGAGUCCUCAUCCACAAUGACAAUCGACUGGACUGGAUUCUGAGGGGAGCAGUUUAUGAGCCGUACCUCAUCAUAUUUGGGAACUUCCCCUCUAACAUUGACUAUGCUGAAUUCAAUAUAGAUUCCUGUAGCAUGAAUGGGACUGAUCCUCUGAAACCAAAGUGCCCAGUGCUGACUGAAGACCAGACGCCCGCUUUCCCUGAGUGGCUGACCAUCAUCAUGUUGUGUGUUUACUUGCUGUUUGCCAACAUCCUGCUCCUCAAUUUGCUCAUAGCUAUCUUCAACUUCACAUUUCAGGAAGUUCAAGACAACACAGACAGAAUAUGGAAGUUCCAAAGAUACGAGCUGAUAAAAGAAUACCACAGCCGCCCUGCUGCUCCUCCUCCCUUCAUCAUCCUCAGCCACAUCUACCUCUUUAUCAGGGGCGUGAUUCUGCGAAAUUUUCCCAAAGAUUUGAAAGACAAGCUGCCCCAGGAGGAGGAGCUGCUGACCUGGGAGGCCCUGAUGAGGGACAGAUACCUACUGUCCUCCCAGCAGCAGCAGCGUCAGACUGUUGAGCAGCGCGUCCAGGAUACAGCGCUGAGGGUGGCAGCGAUGAGUGAGCGACUGGAGCAGUCUACAGCUGCACUGCAGAGCAUCCUGGAGACUCUGAGGUCUGCAGGGUUUCCAGCCAAAGAUCCACAGGCCCCACCAAUGGCAACCUGGUCCUCCCAAAGUGUCAAUGAUGGACCAGACUCAGCCAUUGUCCAUGUGAAAGCUCGCCAGCUUCACUACCCAAACUCCAAAAUGAGACGCUUCCCUGUGCCUGAGGAGAAGGUCCCAUGGGAGGUCAGCUUCGACUUGUAUGAGCCGACUGAUGGCACACGCGAGGAGAGUGGAGACGUGGUGGACAGAUCUGCAAAUGAGCUCCUGGAUAAGUACAGAAACCCAGGGGGAAGGACAGGCAUUAAAGGAAGAGGUGCUUUAAGCUGUUUGGGCCCGAAUCUUUGCACUGAUGUUGUCGUAACACGCUGGAGAGAUGGUGAGCCGUCUGUUCUGGAGUUUCUGGGAAUUCAGGAUGACAUCCGGAGGACCUUGGAACUCCCUGGAGGACCGGUCCAGUCACCUGAUCAACUGCCGGAGCGCUUGAAGAGAAGCAUGGGGAUUCCACUGUAUGAGAAAGUCAACCAGAGAUUAUCGACAGCAGCAAAGGUGUUCGAAAGCUAUGUUGACGACAGUAGGAACACAGAUAAUGCCUGGGUGGAGAGCGUCGUCCUGAACCUUCACCUGGACUGGUCCGCUGUAGAAGAUGUUGAAAUCAUGAACAUGAUUGCAGACAGCAAUGGCUCCCUCAAGUGGAAGGACAUCAGCAGCAAAACUGGACUCAGUUCAAACCAGAGUGAUGCUCUUCGACGGGUUGCAGAGAGACACAACAAGAAAUGUUGAUCUUCAUCAGGUUUUUAUGCGAUGCAGCCUCGUAGUUCAAAUUCAGGUAUUGAAGUCUUCAGAGCCAUAAUGAUGCACUGUGCUGUGUAAACCCACGGUCAGAAAUACAGGUGACACAAUAAUCUCCAUCCCCAUCAAGACAAGUGUCAUCAUAACUGAAAGGACUGUGACUAUGGGUUGAGCAUUUAUCAAUUUAUUGACGGUGUUUACCUUCAUUUCUCUUAUGCUGGACCUGAUGUAUAAUCUGUUUGUUGGUGACUGUGUCAGCUGGCUGUUCAGUCCACCAAACUACAUUGUAAAUGCUUUCAUCAAACCUUGAAAUCUACCUGCCUUUGGAGCACAUUGUGUGUCAUAAACAAUAUAAUUAAUAUAUAUAAUAAAAUGUUUUCUCACUACCAUGAAAUCUCCACAUUCUAGGACGAGGUGUACGACAUCCUUUGAUUCUUCGUGUUAGGGUUAGGGUUAGGGUUAGCAGGGUAACUGGUGUAACCCUUCUUACCCUUUUGCAGUAGGAAACCAUAAAGAUAUUGUACCAGAUCAGAAAGCAUUCAGUUCCUUAUAGCCAGCGGUGCACCUCAAUAAAAGACACAUACAAUGUUUGUUAAAACCUUAGUAGACAAUUUGGAAAAAUAAAGAUUUCACAGAGCUGGUGAAUUGGACACAGCGACAGUGAUCUUGUGAGUCGAUGGUGGGAUGUGCAUCCAACCCGAAGAAUCAACAAUCCUUUGAUGGCAACUGAAAAGAAAAUAAACUUCUGAACUAAGCAGGCCAGGAGAUGUACAAAAUGUCAAUCAACUUCCGUUACAUAAUACUCCAAAUAAGUUUCAAAUAAGUCUCUGGUAGUUAUAAACAACUAUCUAAAUGUCAAAUAAUUUAGCAGUACAACAAAAGAAAAUCCAAAUUUAAUUUACUGUGAUGACACCGUAAGGUAGAUUGAAAUAAAUUUCACACAUACAUCAAAUGACUGAGUCAAUCAUUCUCUCCAUUAACAUUCUGAAACACACAGUUACACACCUUCUUCUCACUGCUGCGGAACAGCAAGAGAAACCUCCACAACUAUACUUACUAACAUACAUUCUCAUCAGUCAUACAC